UCUGUGUUUGUUUGUGUGUGUGUGGGAAAAAACUCGCACGUUUCUUUCCUCUUUUCAUAGUAAUAUCACGAACUGUUUGUUUUUAUAUUCGAACCGUGAAGCUGAAACCACGUUCGGUUUUAUAUUCGACUCGUAAAUCUGAUUGUUUUUUUUCGAAAGGAGAAAACUCGUUUUGAAAGGAGACGAAAAUCCGCCUUUUUUUUCCCUCCUCAGACGACGUGGAUUUUUUUUUUACUCCGUUCUUCGUCUCGGUCGGAUUCUCACGGCUUUGGGACUAAUUUCGUGAUCUUCUUCUGCCUUUACACGGAUAUUUACGAUGCUGCUCUCUAAACUGAACACGUUCGCGCACAUUUCGGCCGUCGACAUGCCUGCGAAGAUACAGCUCCAAGUGCAUCAAGUGAAGGAAAAGGAGCCGUUUGAGAAGGUUUAUCAGGUCGGUUCGGUGCUGGGAAGCGGUGGGUUCGGUACAGUGUACACCGGCCUGCGGAUAGCCGACGGAGCACCGGUUGCUAUCAAGCAUGUGGCUAAGGAGCGCGUGACCGAAUGGGGAGAAUUGCCCAACGGCGCGCGCGUGCCCAUGGAGAUCGUCCUGCUGAAGAAAGUAGGCACCGGUUUUCGCGGUGUGAUCAAAAUGCUGGACUGGUACGAGCGCCCGGAUGCCUUUAUCAUCGUUAUGGAGAGACCGGAAGCCGUGAAGGACCUUUUCGACUUCAUCACGGAGAAGGGCGCGAUGCCGGAGGAGCUCGCGCGCGGGUUCUUUCGCCAGGUGCUCGAGGCGGUUCGUCAUUGCCACGCGAGCGGCGUCGUGCACCGCGACAUCAAGGACGAGAACAUCCUCAUCGACCUGCGCACCGGAGAGCUCAAGCUCAUCGACUUCGGCUCGGGGGCGCUACUCAAGGACACCGUGUACACCGAUUUCGACGGUACACGUGUGUACAGCCCUCCAGAGUGGAUCAAAUACCACCGGUACCACGGCAGGUCAGCAACUGUUUGGUCUCUGGGGAUUCUGCUGUACGACAUGGUGUGUGGCGACAUCCCUUUUGAGCAGGAUGAAGAAAUCGUGCGGGGUCAAGUGCUCUUCAGGCGAAGGAUCUCGACAGAAUGCCAGCAGCUCAUCAAAUGGUGUCUGUCUCUGCGUCCCGCCGAUCGCCCAUCUUUCGAGGACAUAAUCAACCACUCCUGGAUGCAGAACACACCGGCGCCACCUACAGACGCCACAGAGAUCCGGUUGCACAGUUUGAGCCAUGAGGCGGUCACCGUAUGCAAGUGAUUCACUACAUAGAGACUCGACACUACGUCAGCUGGCUAAUAGCCGACGGCCGCCCUCCGAGCUGAGCAGCGCAGGAAACAAACAUUUCAAAGUGUGAAAUGCUUGUUUUUCACUUGGUUAACACAAAUGGCAGCUGUCUACGGGUGAGCCCAGGAGGUCUGGGAUGUCCGACACCACCUCGCUCCCGAUUUCGGUCAAAAGCAGAGUCCGGCCCAGGAAGUGAUGUCCGCCGCGUUGAGACGUGACCUGUGCAAACUUGAAGCGGUUCAAGCGAUGCCGAAGAGUUAAAGGCAUGCCUGUGAAUGGACUGAGAAACCUCCACUGUGGAGGAAGCAAGCUUUCAUUUAGUGCCUUCUGUGUGUGUCAGAAAUAAAUACUUGAAUUAAGUAAUAGCCACUGUACCACUGCUCCUUAUCCAGAUGUCACAAUUUUCUUGCUUCCAUCUCAUCUGCACUAUGCAGAGAGUAACCAAAACAACCUCAGAUAACCUGUGCAGAAUGACCGUCCGACACCUCUCUCUCUCUCUCUCUCUCUCUCUCUCUCUCAUAUCCUGAGAAACUUAACACAACUACCACUUGUCGAUACAGAAGCACACAGCAAUGCAACUACGACGUGAGAUAACUACAAACAUUUGUCAAUAUUGUAAAUAUGUAAUUGUCUUAUGACUCUAAAUUCCAAGACAAGGCCUGUAAGUAAUAUUUAUUUCAGUGUUUUUCUUGAAAGCAAGAUCUAAGUGGAAUUAUUUAUUUAUUUAUAGCAGAACGAUUUUUUUUGUUCGACGUUUGUCAUUCCACACUGAAGGGUCCACAGCCUAUUUAAAACUAUUUUUAACAUAUUUAAGAGCUGUUUUGAGCAGAUGUGUACAUACAUGUAAAUAUUCUUUACAAGCACUUCCAUUGUCUGACACAAGGAGUACUGAAAUGUCUACUGAGUUUUUUUUUUUUUUUUUUUAACUUAAUUGUCUGCUGUGCAUUGUUAGAGGAAUGUCAUUGUGUAUGUCGCACAAACGUCUACAUGUUUGGAGUUUCACCUCUAGCAUGACUGCAGCUUGUAUUUUUAUUUGAUUUAAUUUGAUUGUAUAUUGUUUAGGGAGUUAUUUUUUUACACAAGUUUCAAUAAAUAUUUUUUUAAGUGCUGAA